CAAACUCGAGAAUUGGCAGAGGGUAUUGGCGGAGAAUGGACUCCGGCUGAACGUGAAGAAGACCAAUUCCUCAGCUCCGAGAAGGGCACGGAGUCAAUUGUCGGCGGUCGCGGGGAAGCCAUCGAGAAGGUCCAGGACCUCCGCUACCUGGGAAGUGAUCUAGCCGCUGAUGAUGGGCUGGACGCGGCUGCAUCGGGUACUAUGCAAACAGCCCCAGUUCAACUGAAGAUGGGAGAGCAGCGCCUGCGACGGUUCGGGCAUGUACUAAAAAGACCACAGAGCUAUUCGAUAAGGGAAGCAAUGGAGUUCGAGGCUCAAGGUAAGCGACACCGUGGAGCCCCCAAGAAGAGAUGGCGGGACAUGAUCAAGAAGGACCUCGCCAAGCCAAGGUGA